UUUUUAAUUCUCCAUUUUUAUUAUUUUAUUUGGAAAACCGACGUCUGAUAGUAGCCAUCUUUCUUCAUGUUGUGGUGAAUAUUAGCAAACUUACUGAUUUUUUUAAAAUAUACACUUUAUUAAUUGCAAAGAUGUCUAGACGUUCUCAGCUAUUUGUGGGCCGAUUACCUUUGGAUUCCCGGGAGCGUGAAAUAGAAUCUAUCUUCGAUAGAUAUGGUAGUUUAGUGCGAUGCAAUUUAAAGUAUGGUACUGGCAUGGCCUAUGCUUUUGUAGAUUAUGAAGACAAACGUGAUGCAGAGGAUGCUAUAAAAUAUGAAAAUGGCAGAGAACUUCGUGGACAAACUAUUGUUGUGGAAUGGUGUAGAGGACCGUCCAGCCGUCCACCCAUGAGAGGCAGAGUAUAGCUACAGCCGAAGCCGCAGCAACUCUAGAGGCCGUUACGGUGGUAGGCGGAGAAGGACUCCUAGUCAGGUGCGUUCACCUAGUUACAAUCGAUCUAAGAAGCCAUCAAGAAGAACAGACACUCCUACAAGUUCUCGUUCUAGAUCUAAGAGUGCUGAAAAAUCUAAGAGGAAGUCGUCUUCUCACAGAAGUUACAGUCGCAGUCGCUCCCCUGAUAAAAGAGACAGGAGCAAGGAGAGAAGUCGCAGCAGAUCCCCACAGAGAUCUCGCUCGAAGAGUCCAGGCGAUAGCAUGGCUCGAAAAGGACUCAGUCGUAGCAGGUCUGCCGAACGCAGGACGAAAUCUAAGAGUCGCUCUCCUAAUAACGAAAAUGCUGAUGUUGCAAACGGUAUGCGGAAAGGUCGCAGCAGUGCUAGUUCCCAUGGCAGCAGGAGUCGUUCUCGCAGUGUGGAUAAAGAAGCGUCUGGCCGCGAUAAGUGGAGCAGAUCACCUUGAUGUGUUUUUAUAAUUGGACAUCCCUUCCUUUUUUUCACUCAUUCAUUGCUUAUUUUUUAUCUCUUGUCAAAAUUCUUUCAAUAAAAGUCAUUUUUGUUUGUUUUA